AUGAAAGCGUGGAGUACUCACGAUCAAGAUACGACGCUGUUCUGCUGUCGGGCAUUACAUGUCAAGCAUGCAGCUUAUGCCAGUGCUCUGUAUACCUUGAUUCAUGCACAUGAACUAGAUUCUGGGGAAAUGGUAGAUCCACCAGAGCUACAAUAUUAUGGGCAAUAUUGUGGCUCUGGUGGAUCUACCAUCUUCUUCAUAAGAAACGAAUUUUCUAGGUGUGGGACAAGGACGGAACGAUACGCGAGAGAGAGGGAAGAUCGGAACCUUCUCGAAGCUAGACCGAGCACUCUAGAACGCCGUACGACAAGGACGGAGCAAUGUGCGAAAGAGAUAGCUAGUACGCACGUUCUAGAAUUGUGCGAUCGCUACUCAGUUGCACUGCCGCCUAGAGAGUUCUCGAACAUCGCUCCCAGGGAUAUAUAA